UCCACGUGCACUGUUUCCUGCCACAGGGAACUCUGGCUCUAUGGCUACCAAGAUCCCAGCGGAGAAAUUUAGGAAAUGUCAGUGUGAGACACACCACGCUACAAGCAUCCUGUACCAGAUCCUUAACAAAGAGGAUGGAAGGGAGACCAAGUGGCAACAGCAGUAUGGCAGUGCCCACCGCUCCAAGGGAAGCAAGGGCUGCUCUUGUAUGGACAGAAGAGUUGUCCUGAAAACGCCUGAAGCCACGUGCAGAAGAGCUUCUGAAGUGCUCUUGAAGACUUUAACUUUUAUUAGAAACUUGCCUUCUUUUUAUCACAUGCCUUGGGACGAUCAGCUUGUUCUCAUACAGCAGAACUGGACCCCUCUUUUUGUCCUGGGCAUGGCACAAGAAAGGGUGGAUUUUGAACUGAGAGAGAUUUCAGCCCCUAGUUUAUUGAAAAAAGUCCUCCUCAAUCAGCCUUUGACAGCUACCAAUGAACUGGGCAGCUCGCUGGAAGCGUCUUUAGCAGAAGUUCAGAAGAUAAAGAAUUUAUUGUGGAAAUUCUGGGACCUGGACAUAAGUGCAAAAGAAUAUGCCUAUCUUAAAGGAAUUACCCUUUUUAAUUCUGGAUGCCAUGUCCUAAAAUGGCUCCCCUAUGUACAAACACUGCAGCAGGAAGCUCAGCAAGCCUUGAUGGAGUUUAUCUCAACAAUGUUCCACAGAAACCUAGGCAGGUUUGCUUGGAUUCUUCAGCUAAUUGCCUCUCUUCAAGACAUUGAUGCAGAUGCUAUUGAAGAGCUCUUCUUCAGGCCCAUCCUAGGAGAGGGCACCCUAAAUGUAUUACUUCUGGAAACCCUACAUAUCAAGCCAGACUGGCUUUGAAAACAGAUGACAGUGCUCUCAAAUACCUGUUUUUGAAGAGAUGAGAGGAUUUUAUGAGCUAAACACAUUUCAAACAAAUCAUCGAUGCAUCUUUGUAA